AAUUUCAGCUUAAAUUCAGCUGUUGGGCGAGGCAGGCCCCAAACGUCCAAGAAUCAAUGAAAUUCAUUAGCUUGUCGUCGUCUGCUAUGGCGCCAUGAGCCAUUCAACGACAUUGUCAUCGACGCCGGCAUCCCAACAAGAACAUCGGAAUGGCAGAAGGCAGAAGCUUUGAAUGGACUCAGCAUGAGACCCAUUCCUGAAACCCAUUCCGAAACCCUGAAUGGUUCAUUUUGAGAGAGAAGUCCGUCAGCCUGAGGAAAAGCACCCGGGAUUUUUCUUUGUGUUCUUCGGAGUGUUGCAGUUCCGCCACUCUGUGAUGGAAAACAGUCUACGCAGAAUUUUGUCAAGAACCUCUCACUGUCAUCUCCUGUGUCUUGACUGAGAACCCAUGUGGACACGGUUGAUCCUCUGACAAACAGACAGCAAACAGUUUACUCCCCAUGAAGGAAGAGGCAAGAGAUCCUUGUGUCCUCGAGUCAUCACAUUCCAUCCCCUCGGAUUCACAAUUCCAAGAAAUGCAGCUCUCCUCAGAGUUCAGUGGUCAGCUCGUGAGAGUAAAAUUGGAACCACCAGAUGUUCCAUGUCUACCAGGAGAGGGCCAGACACAGCAACAGCACCGCAACGAGUCUUCGUCAGGGGGUGAUGCUGAUGGAGCAACAGUUGGGAUGUGUCACAUUAAAAAAGAACCACGAGAGGAUUCUUCAAAUGAACAUCCAAUCAUAGAAGUGAAAACAGAGCCUUACAAUGUUCCAGUCUUGGCAGGACAGGAACAAUUGGGACACAGCUGUCAUUCAACAUCAGAAGGAAUGGUGGUUGGCAUGGGCCACAUUAAAGAAGAACCUCAAGAGGACUCUCCAAAUGAACAUCCAAUCAUAGAAGUGAAAACAGAGCCUUGCAGUGUUACAGUAUUGGCAGGGCAGGAGAAAAUGGGACACAGCUAUCAUUCAAUGUCAGAAGGAGCAAGAGAAAGCACCGGCAUGCUCCAUAUUAAGAACCAGCCUAGAGGCACUUGUGACCAAGCAUGUUCAGGCAGCACUUUUUCAAAUGCACAACUCAAGAUCAGCACAACGACAGUUGAACCGCGAUUCCACAACACUGAACUUGGCACUAUGGAUGGUCGACCCACGGAACAACCUCCAGAUCAGACCAAGUCAUGUGGACUUGCAUGCACGUCCAAAGCCAGCCUACAAUGCCACACGUUUGCACACUGUCACAGUCAGUCUGAAGAGCGUCCCACUACUCCGCCUGAUGUUGAGAUGAGAGAGGAGGGUUUUGGAUGUGACACCUGUUCCUCUGCAUUCUCGCAGUCUGUGAGUCACGAGAACCACGUAUCAAAGCGUACUGACGAUAAGACAUACAAGUGUGAUCUCUGUCCUGCAGAGUUCACCCAGAGCACGCACCUGCAGCGCCACAAGAGGAUGCACAUUGGCGAGAAUCCAUGGAAGUGCGAUCUCUGUCCUGCGGAGUUCAGCCGGAAUGCGCAUCUACGGCUUCACAAGCGGACACACACGGGGGAGAAGCCAUACAAGUGCGAUGUCUGCCCUGCGGAGUUCAGCAGCAGCGGGAGCCUACGUCUUCACAAGCGGAGACACACGGGCGAGAAGCCAUACAAGUGCGAUGUUUGCCCUGCGGCGUUCAUCCGAAGCGGCCAUCUACGAGACCACAAGCGGACACACACGGGCGAGAAGCCGUACAAGUGUGGUGUCUGUCCUUCGGCAUUCAGCCGGAGCGGGCAUCUAGAGUAUCACAAGCGGACACACACCGGUGAGAAGCCAUACAAGUGCGAUAUCUGCCCAGCGGAGUUCAGCCGGAGUGGGCACCUACAGGGCCACAAGCGGACUCACACGGGUGAAAAGCCAUACAAGUGCGACAUCUGCCCAGCAGAGUUCAGCCAGGGCGGACAACUGCAGGUUCACAAGCGGACACACACAGGGGAGAAGCCAUACAGGUGCGACGUCUGUCCUGCUGAGUUCAGCCGGAGCGGGAAUCUGCGGGUCCACAAGCGGACGCACACGGGCGAGAAGCCAUUCAAGUGCGAUUUCUGCCCUGCAGAGUUCAGCCAGAGCAGGUCCCUACGGGAUCACAAGCGUAGACACACGGGUGAGAAGCCAUAUAAGUGUGACAUCUGCCCAGCGGAGUUCAGCCAGAGCGGAUACCUGCAGUUUCACAGGCGAAUACAUACGGGCGAGAAGCCAUUCAAGUGCGAUGUUUGCCCUGCGGCAUUCAGCCGGAGCGGGCAUCUAGAGUAUCACAAGCGUACACACACCGGCAAGAAGCCAUACAAGUGCGAUGUCUGCCCUGCGGAGUUCAGCCAGAGCGGGCACCUACAGGGCCACAAGCGGACUCACACGGGUGAAAAGCCAUACAAGUGCGACAUCUGUCCAGCAGAGUUCAGCCAGGGCGGACAACUGCAGUUUCACAAGCGUACACACACAGGGGAGAAGCCAUACAAGUGCGACAUCUGUCCAGCAGAGUUCAGCCAGGGCGGACAACUGCAGUUUCACAAGCGUACACACACAGGGGAGAAGCCAUACAAGUGUGACGUCUGUCCUGCUGAGUUCAGCCGGAGCGGGAAUCUGCUGGUUCACAAGCGGACGCACACGGGCGAGAAGCCAUUCAAGUGCGAUUUCUGCCCUGCAGAGUUCAGCCAGAGCAGGUCCCUACGGGAUCACAAGCGUAGACACACGGGUGAGAAGCCAUAUAAGUGUGACAUCUGCCCAGCGGAGUUCAGCCAGAGCGGACACCUGCAGUUUCACAAGCGAAUACAUACGAGCGAGAAGCCAUACAAGUGCGAUGUCUGUCCUGCGGCAUUCAGCCGGAGCGGGCAUCUAGAGUAUCACAAGCGGACACACACGGGUGAGAAGCCAUACAAGUGCGAUGCCUGUCCUGCGGAGUUCAGCCAGAGCACGUCCCUACAGGAUCACAAGCGGACACACACGGGUGAGAAGCCCUUCAAGUGCGAUGUCUGCCCUGCGGAGUUCAGCCGGAGCGGGUAUCUACGGUCUCAUAAGCGAGCACACACGGGCCUCAUGCCAUACAAGUGCAAUAUCUGCCAUGCAGAGUUCAGAGAGAUGAGGUACCUACAACAUCACAAACGGACGCACAUGGGUGAGAAGCCAUACAAGUGCGAUGUCUGCCCUGCAGAGUUCGUUCUAAGUGAGCACCUACAGCGUCACAAGCGAAUACAUAUGGGCAAGCAGCCAUAAAAGUGCGAUCUAUGUCUUGGAGAAUUCAGCCACAGCCUGGAGCGAGCAAACGUGAGGUGGAGCAGAAACUUGCAGUUUUAGAAGUGAUCUUUCAUGGGCAUAAAGCUAUACGAAUUAGA